AUGCCCAGCCACUCUCCCGACGCCAGUAUGGACACCACCGCGCAACACCUCGCCCGGACCAGCCCCGCCCCCGCGACCUCCGCGGCCGGGGCCUCCGCCGCAGCCACCGCGGGAUCGCAACCCGAACCAAAGAAACAAAAGACGAAGGAGAAACCCGUCUCCACACUGGAUAGAUACGCCACAUUCAUAGCGCAAGAAAUAGAUUUGGCCAUAUCGAGACUGAACUGCGAAGUUGACGCAGCAUACGAACUCGCGACCAGCAUGUACGGAGCCGAGGGCCAUCCCCUUAGCGCGUUCGCCAAGGACAGGCAUGACAACCUCGUCUACAUCAGAGACAACCUAGCAGAGCUCCUGAACGACAAACUCAAGCUGAAGGGUUUCGCCAGGGCCGCCCGCAAGUACGACGAUCCAACGGAUGCCACAACGCAAACCACAGACUUCGCUACCUCGAUUAGCACCUCCGACGCUCAAACCGACACGGACCUCGUGCCGAGUUGGUGGUUGAGCGACGGAUUUACCCAGACGGGCGCCGCCACGCGCAGCCGGAGGCCGGCAACACCACGCAUCGCCGACACGGCAGCCGAGUCCGCCUCGGAAACCGAAAACGAAAAUUCCUCCGAAGUCGGUACCGUCGACACGGCAGCCGAGUCUGCCGCGGAAACGGAAAACGUCAGAUGGUCCGUAGUCGCAAGGAAGAAGGCCAGGCCGCGGAACAAGGCGACGGCAGAUCCUUCCCAGGCGCAGUCCACUCACGUGGCUCGGCAGCAGCCAAAAUCAUACCCGAGGAAACCGCCAGCUAUCAUGAUCAAACCGGCCGCCGGCAGAUCAUACAGCGACACGGUAAGAGCAGUCAGGUCUUGCGGCCUCACCAUGGCCGAUUUGGGAUCGAGCUUGGUCAUGAGGGAGACCCAGGGUGGGUCCCUCCUGAUGGAGCUUCCUAGAGGCGACAAUUCCGCUGCGGCCGCGAAAAAAAUCGCCGCCGCCUUCUCGGAAAGACUCGGUAGCGACAUAGGCAGAAUCUCGCAGCUCGGGGUCCUCGUAGACGUGGAGGUCCUGGACCUAGACUCUUGCGCCACCGCGGACGAUGUCCUUGAGGCACUCCGCGACACCGUCACUAGUGAAGACAACAAUACCUUAGCAGCAGAUCGCGCCUCGAUAUGUGACGUUAGGAUUUGGCCCACCAAAUCAAAGCAGCAGAUAGCUUCGGCGAGGAUGCCCAGACACCUGGCCACCCAGAUCCCCAGCAUCUCGGUUGGCUAUUCCAAGUGUAGGGUAAGACCGAGGACACUCCCACCAGAGCGAUGUUACCGAUGCCAGAUGUUUGGCCACAACGCGAGAAAGUGCACCUCCGAAGUCGACCGCACCGGCGCCUGCUGGAGAUGCGGCUUGAACGGCCACGAUUCGAAGAGUUGCACCGAACCCGACGACAGCUGCUUGGCCUGCCACCUCGCAGGCCUACCGAAGGUCAGUCAUAAACCAGGGUCGGGCGCCUGCGCCGCCAGGAGGCAGGCCGCAAGCCCGACCGCUACCUCGCGCAACGCAUGA